AUGAUGUGUACUAUUGGAUACUAUUGGUGUAGUUUGCACCCCACCUUGAACGCAUUGCUCGACAAGGAAACAGGUAUUCACCGUGUGGAUCUCUCAGCUGUUGAUGGCGCAUACUUCCUCCAGCUCAAGGAUGGCCGGGCAUUUUGGGAUGUCAGUAGGGAUUUCGAUUCAGAGAUGGGCAUCCAGCCGCAAGGGGCUCCAGGGAAAAAGAGGAAGACAUCCGCCUUUUUGCAAUUGUCUCCUUCCAAGAUCAGGUUUUCUCACCAUGAAAUCGGCCCAGUCUUUUCAAGUGGCCAGUACAGCAUCAAGGAUACGUUCCUAGCCUUGCACCGCCGUGAUUUGCAACCGGAGGAUUUGCCCCUCAUGUAUGUCGUUCAGCACCAAGGGCACUAUGUAUCUAUCAGUAAUAGGCGGCUGGCGGUUUUCCGGCUGUUGGAGAUGUUCGGGAAGUCGAACUUAAAGGUCCCAGUGGAGCUUGUGUACCAGAUGGGCAGCUUCUCUUCAAGAUAUUCCACGCAAUGUGACGGCGAGUAUGCUUAUUUGCGCCACACCGACUUCUACAUCGGUCGUACACGAGACGAGACCAACUUCGACCCCUUCAACCAUAAACUCUCAAAGCCAACGUUCCGAGCUUCAUGCUGCGACUCAGAUGCAGACAGCGACACGCUCUAG